AUGAAUAACGGCACAUUCCCUCAGAAUCCAGCGCGCCAAUCACAUAACAAUGCCAUUAGUAAACUUGUUGAUGAUGCAAGGGGUUUGCCUAGCAGUACUUCCGAAUUAGGUUCCAUUCAAUUGAGUAUCAACGAGAUUAGAAGAAGAGCCAAUGAUUUAAGAAAGAAUAAAGACUACUCAGGUGACCACUCAAAAGCGCACUAUCUGCUGGCUGCCAGUGGAUUACCAUUGCAAGAAAUGGAUUCAUCACUGAAAGAUCUUAAGCCAAAACAGGUUGUCGAACAAUUUAUCCCAAAAUCACACGGAAGCGAAUUAGACCUAUACUUACAAAACCAGAAAAAUGAAAGCAUUUUAUCUUCUAUAGAGACGCUGCUUACUGUAGCAUCCUCAGAUUUCAACAAAUUUGUAAACUCGAAUAUAAAUAUACAGUGGGAGAAUUAUGCUGACAGUGUUAAAAAAAGGUUUGGUAUUUCAGUAAAUAGAGAUGAUUUAGAGGAAAAUAAAGAUGUGGCUAACUUAUCCAAUGAAAGCUUAAUGUGGGGAAAGACAGAAGGUAGCAUGCUUGAUAGCGGUAACUCCAAAUUAGACGUUAAUACCAACUACCUGAUAAGAGAGAAGUUUGAGCAUUAUGCAAGAAUAAUUUUUUGGUACAAUAAUUGCAGGAUUACUAAAAAUAGCUGCAAACUUACUGAAGAAUUUAUUGAACUAUUAAAAGGUAGAAAUGAUUUCAGAACGAAGUAUAUCUUGGAGGCUUGGGAAUUUUUGAAUGAAUUCGAUACAACAUUGGGUACUGCAAAAUCCUCUAGGAAGAUUUUAGAAAAACAGUUUCUCAACUACGUUGAUGAGCUAUAUCAAAAUCGGAUAAAUGAAGGGUUCCCAACCAAUAUAAACAAAAUCAAGUCUUUCAUUGAAAGUAAAUUAAGAUUCACUAAUGGUUCAUGGAAAAUUCCAAAUCUAUCAAUUGUGAAUGGAAAGCCAAUUUGGGCAGUCAUUUUUUACUUAUUAAGAGCUGGACUGAUAGAUGACGCAUUAGAAGUAGCAAUCAGCAACGCUUCAAGUUUUAAUAAGAUUGAAAACUCCUUCGUCAAAUAUUUUAAAGCAUAUGCCUCCUCACCUGAUAAUGAACUUCCCCCAGAUUUAUCAUCAGAUCUACAUACUGAAUACAACCAGUACAUUAAAACCUCAAUUGAUGGUGAUCCCUUCAGACUGGCUGUUUAUAAAAUCAUUGGUAGAUGUGACUUGACUAAUAAGACAAUUCCAGCUGUAACAUUAAGUGUCGAAGACUGGCUUUGGUUGAACUUAACCUUAGUCAAAGAAAACUGCUCUAACACUGAUCCAAUAUAUGAAAAAUAUAGUCUAAACGACCUUCAAGCCACAGUUACCACGUUUGGCGAGAAGCGUUUCCCCAAUAAUUACUUCCAAGUACUAUUGUAUUCCGGACUAUUUGAGCGUGCACUUGAAGAAGCUUAUAAAGUAAAUGAGCUUGACGCUAUACAUCUAGCUAUUGGCUUUGCUGACAAACAUCUAUUGCAUAUCAAAGCUAACAAGCAUGCGGAUUUCCAUGGAUUGAGGACAACUGAUAAUGAUCAAGACUAUAUUGAUUUUGCAAAAUUGUUGGGUAAUUACACAAAAUCUUUCAAGUAUUCUGACCCAAGGAUUGCUUCUGAAUAUCUAUUUUUGAUCGCCAUCUGUGAAGACCCUGAAGUUAUUGACCUAUGCCACGAGGCUUUACGUCAACUUAUUCUGGAAACAAAUGAGUUUACUAAAUUACUCGGUGAAGUGAACAAGGACGGUACUCGUGUACCAGGUGUAAUCGAAGCAAGAAGACAAUUAAUAAAAUUGGAUGAUAUAAAAGAAUACUUACAUACCAUCUCUGAACAAACUGCAAGACAAGCGAACAACAACGGUAGAAUUUAUGAUAGCUUGCUUUUAUAUCAACUCGCAGAAGAGUACAAUAUUGUGAUAGCAAUUGUGAAUGGCUUAUUGAGUGGGAUAUUAAGUAAUACAAAUUUCAAGAAGGGCAUGCUCGAUUUAUAUUCUGAUCUUUCGAAGAACAACAAAGAUCCGGUGGCCCUUGCAAAGAAUUUGGUGAAUAUAUAUUUGAGCAAUCCAGAAAUUUCAAAACAAGUUGUUACUAAGAACAAAGAGACUUGUGUACUAUUGCUCAAAAUUGCUGAAAUCAAAAAUACAUACCAAUCAAAGCAGUGGGAAUACACAUUAUCGCAAAUUGAAGAAUUAGAUAUGCUUCCUUUUACUGGAGGGUCAUCUAUAAGAAGAAAAGCGCAAGAGUUUACUACGCUUAGCGGAUAUAUCAUGAAUUGCAUACCGAAUGUAUUACUGAUGACAAUGACAAGUACAUCGGAAUUAAUAAACUCUCUCCGUGCAAGCAGUUUCUCAUCAAUCUCCAAGAAGCAGCAGAUUGCAGCGUUGAAGAGUGUGGGAAAAAAUUGCAUGAUUUAUGCAGGUAUGAUUCAAUAUAAAAUGCCAAGAGAGGUUUACAGUCAGCUGAUAGAGUUGGAUUUGUCUCUUGAGACAAUGUAA